AUGAUCAGUUCUGAAGAGAAACAACAACUUAUCUAUCAUUACCGCCCACAACUCUUAGUUUUGUGGGUCAACAGGAGACCUUCACACCCCACACCUCACACUUCGUACACCACACCCCACACACCACUUCCCACCCCCUACCCCCUACCCUCACACCAAACACACCACAUCUCACACUCUGUCCACCACACCCCACACCUCACACUUCGUAUACCACCCCCCACACCACUUCCCACCCCUACCACCACACCAAACACACACAAUACCUCCUCACACUCCGUCCACCGCACCCCACACACCUCACACACUUCGUACAUCACACCCCACACACACCACUUCUCACCCCUACCACCACACCAAACACACACAAUACCUCACACUCCGUCCACCGCACCCCACACCUCACACUUCGUACAUCACACACCCCACACACCACUUCUCACCCCCUACCACCACACCAAACACACACAAUACCUCACACUCCGUCCACCGCACCCCACACCUCACACUUCGUACAUCACACCCCACACACUACUUCCCACCCCCUACCCCCUACCCUCACACCAAACACACAAAAUCUCACACUUCGUCCACCACACCCCACACACCACUUCCCACCCCACGACCACGACACCCCACACACCACACCUGACAUUCCAUACACCACCCCUCACACAUCACACCCCAUGUUAUUGA